GCAAGAUCAUGGAAAUUCUGCUUGCCCGCCAACAUAUGCAGUGCGUGGUCGUGCGCAAUGGUGCUGAAGCUAUCCGCUGUGCCAUGGGGCGCACUGUGUUCCGCGCCAUCUUUAUGGAUGUUGGCAUGCCAAUCGUUGAUGGCGAUGAGGCUACCCGUAUGAUCAAGUCCACAUUUAAUGCGAACCGCGAUACGCCGAUCAUUGCCAUGGCCGCGUAUGACGACGAGGCCACUGAUAUCCUGUAUGACAAGGCCAUCGUCCAAGCCCAUCACUGGGCUGCAGAUCAAGCACGCUCUGGCGCCGCACCGCAACAAGAAGUGAGACUUUGUUUGAUAUUUGUCCUGGCUGGUGCGCAACUGCAUCUGCCGUCUAUAACACAUAUCUGCAAGUAUGUAAAUCUGCAAUGGCAAAGAUCAAAUGUAUUGGGAGGGAUAGCAUAUGUGUGGUGGCCAGGUGCCUUUCUUCUGUCAGCACUCAUCAUAGCGCACAAAAUAUACUUCAAUAAUAUGGUGCAUGCCUAAAACGACCUAGGUCAAAUGUCAGGGAAGAGGAAACUAGGUAGCGUGUUCUCC